AGGCUUUACUGCUGGGAGCCCUGCAGCCAGGGCUACGGGGCGGGGGCGUCGCGGCUGUCUGGUCCCAGCCUGACUUUAAAAUUACAGACCCCUCUGCCAGUUCACUCAGCAAGUGUUACUAGUUCGGCAGCCCGACAGUGGGUUGUCCAACAAGUUCGUGAGGCCGGCUUGCUCACUGCGUGUUCAGGAAGCAGGGGCCUGGGAGUCCACUGAUGAGCUGUAAAUUCGGCGCCAGGCCAUUGAUUUCCCUGGACUCACGUUUAAAUGGAGGAGCCUGACUUACCCAGCUUCUGCCACCAUCGCUUGGAUAGUUUUUGCCUCUCUGGCCUCAUCCUUCGUAACAUCGUGCUUACUACAAGACACGGAGGUGCACCUCGUCACUGCUUUGUCUUGAAGACAGAACGAUGCCGAAGAAAGCAAAGCCCACAGGGAAUGGGAAGGAAGAGGGGUCUGUUCCCUGCAAGCACGUGAAGAUAGAGGCAGCUGGUGGACCCUCCUCUAUUUUAAAUUUUGAAAGCCCCAGUGAUCUGUUUGAAAGUUUAAUCUCGCCCAUCAAGACAGAGACUUUUUUCAGGGAAUUCUGGGAGAAGAAGCCCCUUCUCAUUCAGAGAGAUGACCCUGCAGUGGCUACAUAUUACCGGUCCCUGUUCAGGCUGUCAGAUCUGAAGAGUCUAUGCAGCUGGGGUAUGUACUAUGGAAGAGACAUAAAUGUCUGCCGGUGUGUCAAUGGGAAGAAGAAGGUUUUAAAUAAAGAUGGCAAAGUGCACUUUCUUCAACUGAGAAAAGCUUUUGAUCAGAAAAGGGCAACAAUUCAGUUUCACCAACCUCAGAGAUUUAAGGAUGAGCUUUGGAGGAUCCAGGAGAAGCUAGAAUGCUACUUUGGCUCCUUGGUUGGCUCGAAUGUAUACAUAACCCCUGCAGGAUCCCAGGGUCUCCCACCCCAUUAUGAUGAUGUCGAGGUUUUCAUCCUGCAGCUGGAGGGGGAGAAACACUGGUGCCUUUACCACCCCACUGUGCCCCUGGCACGAGAGUACAGCGUGGAGGCCGAGGACAGGAUUGGGAGGCCGACACAUGAGUUCACGUUGAAGCCGGGUGAUUUCCUGUACUUCCCCAGAGGGACCAUUCAUCAAGCGGACACUCCUCCAGGUCUGGCCCACUCUACUCACGUGACCAUCAGCACCUACCAGAACAAUUCAUGGGGAGAUUUCCUUUUGGACACCAUGUCGGGGCUUGUGUUUGACACCGCAAAGGAAGAUCUGGAGUUCCGGGCUGGCAUACCCCGGCAGCUGCUCCUGCAGGUGGAAGCCACAGCUGUUGCAACAAGAUUAAGUGGCUUUCUGAGGACCCUUGCAGACCGCCUGGAGGGCACCAAAGAGCUGCUUUCAGCAGACAUGAAGAAGGAUUUUGUUAUGAACAGACUUCCCCCUUACCAUAUGGGAGACGGAUCAGAGUUUUCAACGCCAGGUGGACAGUUACCAAGGUUGGACAGCACAGUGAGACUGCAGUUUAAAGACCACACCAUCCUCACAGUAGGGCUGCAUCAGGAUCAGUCUGACGAAACUCAGGAAAAGAUGAUUUACAUCUAUCAUUCCUUAAAGAACAGGAGAGAGACACACAUGAUGGGAAAUGAGGAAACAGAGUCUCAUGGACUUCGCUUUCCUUUAUCACAUAUGGAUGCACUGAAGCAAAUUUGGGGCCAUCCAGCUGUUUCUGUCAAGAACCUGAAACUUCCUACAGAUGAGGAAAAGGAAAAUCUGGUGUUAUCCCUCUGGACAGAAUGCUUAAUCCAGGUAGUCUAGUGCCUUUCCAGAAUUGAGAACGGACCAUCUGUUACAUACGUAUGAGAAGAGGAGGAGCAAACAUUUAUGUGCUAGGCAGCUUCUGUUGCUUUCAGUCAGCAGCUUGGGAAUGGUUCUACAACUGUCCUUACCUAACAACGUGAGCCCUCCCUGUUUCAGGAAGUUGGUUGGCCAUGUGUAUUACAGAGGCACAUGGAGGAAAGAAUGGCAGAUGAAGUGUAUGUCUCAGAAAGUAACAAAACUGUACUUUUGACAAACUUCUUUAAUCCAGUGUGGUAGAAAAGGUACAACUCCAAUAAAUGUAUCACUGAAAUUUGAAUGUCAUUUACCUGGCUUUGUUCUUUGGAAGAAACAACUUCUUUAAAGAGCUUCACUGGCUCUAUAAAAAUCUUUUCAACAAUUAAAGAAAUUUUAAAUUGGUUUUUUACAAUGAAAAUAUACAUACCUUUGUGUAUACAUAACCCCCCCAUUAAAAUAAAUUUACCCCUAUAAGUUUCAUUAAAUACUGCCAAACUAAUGAGAGGCACUCACAUCUAUGGGCUUAAGGGAGUUUUACAACGCUGCUUCAAAGAUGACAAAAAGCCUGAGAGUGAAGGAAA